AACCUCCGCCCCUCUCCUCGCUGGUUGGGUAAGGCGCGCCUGGACGAUCAGAACGCAUCUGGCCACCUUGCUGGAAGCUAAGCACUGCCUUCCCCAUACACACCCGCUGCUGCUGCAGCUUCAACUGACAGCUGCUGACCUGCGAUAACAACACGUGUGCCCGGGCGCUGCUGGAGAGCUAAUAGCUCACUGCUAUGCAGUAAUGACUACCAGGCAUCAGGCAGACACUGAUUGUGACCACUGAUUAUCUAUUGCCGUUUUCUGAAGAAGAUGAUCCACAGCCUCUUCCUUAUCAAUUGUUCGGGUGACAUUUUCUUAGAGAAGCACUGGAAAAGCGUUGUCAGCCGCUCGGUCUGUGACUAUUUCUUUGAGGCUCAGGAGAAAGCGGCAGAUGUUGAAAAUGUGCCUCCUGUCAUUUCCACUCCUCAUCAUUACCUUAUCAGCAUCUAUAGGGAGAAGAUGUUCUUUGUGGCAGUUGUUCAGAGUGAGGUGACACCACUUUUUGUAAUAGAAUUCCUGCACCGAGUUGCGGACACCUUUCAGGAUUACUUUGGAGAGAGCUCAGAGACCUGUUUGAAGGAUAACGUGGUGGUAGUCUAUGAGCUGCUGGAAGAGAUGUUGGAUAAUGGAUUUCCUCUGGCAACAGAGUCCAAUAUCCUGAAGGAAUUGAUCAAGCCCCCAACAAUACUGCGAUCUGUAGUGAACUCCCUGACAGGGAGCAGCAACAUGGGGGAAACACUGCCCACUGGGCAACUUUCCAACAUCCCCUGGAGAAGGGCAGGAGUCAAGUACAACAACAACGAAGCCUAUUUUGACUUAAUUGAGGAAGUGGAUGCAAUCAUAGACAAAUCAGGUUCUACUGUGUUCGCAGAGAUCCAAGGAGUUGUGGACGCCAGUGUUAAGCUGUCUGGUAUGCCCGACCUCACUCUGUCUUUCAUGAACCCGCGACUUCUGGAUGAUGUCAGCUUCCACCCUUGUGUGCGUUACAAGCGCUGGGAAUCUGAAAGAGUUCUCUCCUUCAUUCCCCCUGACGGCAACUUCCGGCUGAUGUCUUACCGUGUUAGCUCACAAAACCUGGUUGCCAUUCCAUUGUACUUAAAGCACAAUAUCACUUUCCAAGAGAACAGCUCCAGUGGGCGGUUUGACGUGACUGUGGGUCCCAAGCAGAACAUGGGGAAGACAGUGGAAGGCAUAGUGCUAACUGUAAACAUGCCUAAAGUUGUCCUGAACAUGAACCUCACCCCAACACAAGGAACGUACACGUUUGAUCCUGUUAACAAAGUGCUUAACUGGGACAUUGGAAAGAUUAAUAUACAGAAGCUACCUAAUUUAAAAGGAAUGGUCUCUCUGCAGUCUGGUGCCCCAAAGCCAGAAGAGAACCCCAGUUUAAACAUUAACUUCAAGAUCCAGCAGUUUGCAAUCUCGGGACUAAAGGUGAAUCGCCUGGACAUGUACGGAGAGAAAUACAAGCCUUUUAAAGGAGUGAAAUAUCUGACCAAAGCAGGAAAGUUCCAGGUGCGCACAUAACGCCUGCUGUUUCUGCACCGCACACUGGAGGAGCACAACAGGCGUAGCCUAAUACUGACAAUGUUCUGGAGCUUUGGAAUAAAAGUCACAAGCUCUGCCCAGGAAAGCAAAAGCUUCUACCUACUGCUUAGGAGCUCCAGAAAAUGGCAGCAGUGGAAAAAGGGAACAUGCUGGAUCAUUCCAGAAAGGGAAACCAAAUACCUUUUCAUUAUAUGGGUGAAUUGUGCUUUCCUCACAUAAUGAAGAAGUAAUACCGCCCUGAAGGGUAGCAGGAUUAUUCUAGACCAAUCAAUUUAUUCCAAGUCCUUUUAUGCUGCUGUUUUAUAGGAAUAAAGAAAAUACCAUUGUUCUGUCUGCCAACUUUAAGACUGCAAUGAAGUUACCAAACAUUUUCAAAUGGGACAAAAAAAACAAAAGCACUGUUUAUAUAUUAUGCAUAUCUCCAGUGUAAAAGUAAAUUGUAGCAAUCACCUGAAACACUAGUAUAUAAAAUGUUACAAUACAUACCCCAUUGUAAUAGAAAAGUGACUUCUAUUGAUCUUUGGUAUGAAAUAUCUGUUAUUCCUGCCUUUAUCUACAUAAAUGCCUUAAUCCUUUCACUGACUGUGGAUCUGCAGGAGGACAGAACCCCGUCAGUGAAAAUGUUUCACCAGUGCCAUCAGCAAAAUAGCUGAUACCAGAAUUUUUUUUUUCUUUGUUUUAAACAAUGUGUGUUAAUAUAAUUGGUGUAAUAAUGUAUUUAAAUGAGGCUUCAUGUAGCACAGCUUCAUGUGUGGGUGAAGAGCCAGUGACUUCUUGUAAUACUGUUUGGAUAUAAAAUACAUGUUUCUAUAUAUAUAAAAAAUUAAAAAAAACA